CAGGCCAUGAUCUGAGGUCUGCAUUUUCUCUGCGGACGUAGACUUCCCCUCCCACAUGCUGCAGUCACACACACACCAGUCAUGUCUGAAUCCUGUUUGACUGUGUGGGACUGGUUAAGCGUUCUUCGUCUGGAGCAGUAUUCCGAGGCUUUUCGGAGCGCCGGACUAGCAUCGUUUCUACAAUGUCGCAACCUCACAUCCGAAACACUGGAUCAGAUGGGCAUCACCCUGCCAGGGCACCAGAGACGCAUUCUGGCUAGCCUGAACAAAACACAUGCUAAGAGCGACGCACAAAUUGACACAUACUCUUACAUCUUACCGCCUAAGAGAGACCAGAGACCGGAGGAAACUGAACCCCCCAAAGUGUUGCAGAGAGAAAGAGCUGUGCCUAUCCCAGUGGAAGAUACACCUGUCCCUAAGGAAAGGGGGUUAAGAGAUGGAGAGACAUCAAGACCUACACCCAGGGAGAGAGAGAAACCAGUCCCCAGGGAGCGCCAGGUGCACAGGAUGAAAGAGGAGAGCGGAGAAGCAGAAGAGAAGAAGCCAGUUCCUGAACAAAGACAAACGGCAGCUAGAGGAGGGAAGGAGGAGGAGAGGGACGGGGGAGGAGAUGGAGAGAGGAGGAGGCCUGUGCCUAAAGAAAGGACCAGGUUUCUCUCUAGUCCUCCAGACGACUGUGACCCAAGUCAAGUUAUUUCUCCAACUGCUGACCCUUCUUUGCCCCCUGUCCCUCCACGAAGCACCCCCAACUGCCCUCCACAGUGCUUCUCCUCCCCCCUGAGCCCCUCACCUGCUGCUCGAACCCCUGUCUCUCCUAAACUGGACAGACAUGCAUUUAAAACCCCAACUGUACAGAGCCGAUCAGUGUUUCAUAGUUCCCCCACACAUGCACCUCUCCCCCCUCCUGAAACCCCGUCUGCCCGAACUCGGCCUCAGACAUUAGACAUUCAGCCGCCUGCCCAUCAUUUGGGGAGUGAUGGAGGAAGACAAAUCUCACCCGUAUCCCCCACUGCUCCCCAAAGCGAUGGAAUAAGUGCUCCACCUCUUCCUCCAAAGGUAGGGGCGGUACCUAAAGGCCCUCCACCAAUCCCACACCGGCUACCUGCACACUCUCCCAGAACUCACAGCCCCUCUCACAUCAAGACGGUUGCUGAUGACAUCCAGAAAGACCAAACUCCACAGGUCCCUCCUCGCAUCAGGACACCGCAAACUCUAGAAGACGCACAUCAGUCCACCCAGCCUGUCGCUCAGCCAGCGCUGCCUGCAAGGAGAGCCCCCCAACCCCCCCGUGAAUCCAGGCUCGAUUCACUCAAUGAAAGCUCUGAUGAAUACGAGGAUCCAGACUUCUUUAAUCCGGGUCUUAAUCGAAUGACUGGAUUCGAAAGGGAUAUGUCCCUGCAAGUGCCCGGCCAUGUAAAAGCAAAGCGCAGUUCUUGGUUCAGUGAUGAUGAGCAGUUGGAUGAUGAUGACCCAUGGCAGGAGGGGGGCAUUGGAAAUCUGCAGGGAAGCGUCUACCUCCCGAACACCGGCAGACUGUCCUCGGCCUCUAAAGACGACAGCUCUCAGCUCGCUGCUGUCAUCAAGAUGGGCUGGCUGGACAAGAACCCACCUCAGGGAAGAGGAGGCGCUGGGGAGGGGGUCGAUCUCGUCUCCGGUCUCCUCGAUUGUGGGGAUGCGAGCCUCCUCCUCCGACUGCGGGACGAACUCAGGAUGGGCCAUGAAGCUGUGGAUGGAGCUACGGGACUCUGGGCUCUCCAGCCCCACGUGCAGGGAGCUGCGGAACGCAUUCACCACCUUAAUCUGGAACAAAGAGAAGACGUCAGAGGGCUGAAGAUGUAUGAAAGUGACUAUCGUAUAGGAGUGGGCAUCACAUCCAUUGAGAUGAAUGUUGGAAAUAUUAAAGAAACAGAUCGCCGUGGCUUUGAUCUUACAACACCGUACCGCAUAUUCAGUUUCAUCGCUGAGUCAGAGCAGCUGCGGGAGCAGUGGGUUGACUCCAUGCGUGAUGCCAUAGGUGAGGCUCUGUCGAACAGCGAGGUGGCAGACCGGAUCUGGGAGGAGCCUAGCAACAGUCUCUGUGCCGACUGUGAGGCUCCAAAGCCAGAAUGGGCGGCCAUCAACUUGUGUGUGGUGGUCUGCAAACGAUGCGCAGGAGAGCACAGAGGACUGGGUCCUAGCAUCUCAAAGGUGCGCAGUCUGAAGAUGGACAGGAAGGUCUGGACAGAGGAGCUCAUAAAGGUGUUCCUGUUGCUGGGCAACGAGCGGGUUAACAGUUUCUGGGCAGCUAACAUCCCGCCAAGUGAAGCCUUGGUCCCCUCUAGCUGCAGCGAGGAGAGACGCCGCUUCAUCACCAAUAAGUACCGGCAGGGCAAAUACAGGAAGUACCACCCUCUGUUCGGAAACCAGAAAGAGCUCAACAAUGCUCUUCUUAUAAAUGUGCAGGGCAGUGAUGUGCUGGAGACGUUGAGCCUGAUCUUCUGUGGUGCAGAUGUAAAUUGUCCAACUGGAAUGCCAAGUUCGCCCUCUGCUCUCUCCCUAGCCACCACACACACACAGCCCCUACAGGCGGAGUUAAUCAGCCACAACCUCAACACAGAACUACCACGGUCAGAGCCGGGUGGAGGCAUGGACACGAGACCUUACUUGCCAGCACCUUGUGUGUCUCACAAUGGCUUCCUUUUCAAGACUGCAUCCAUGGCCCGGGCUAUUACAGAGCGCAAGGCCAAAGAGGAGUUCAGUCGUCGCUGGUGCACGCUCAAUGAUGGCACCUACAGCUACUAUGAGAGUGACAAGAACUCAAACCCUAACGGAGCUCUGAAGGCUUCAGAGAUUGUCUGUCUGGCUGUUGACCCACCUUAUAGACAUGGGUAUGAACACACCUUUGAACUGUACUCUGAGUCAGAGCGUCUCUAUCUGUUCGGCACUGAUGACCCAGACGGCCACAAGGAAUGGGUCAAGUCUAUUGCCAGGAGCCUGAUCCCGGCCUCUGCAGAGCCGCUGCUGAGGUUAGCUUUUGAGCGGAUUGGGCGGCUGAAGUGUAAAGACGGCUUGAACCUGCAAACAUCCAAGGUGGGCUGGUUUGCUCUGGUGGGUUCCACACUUCACGCCUACCUGGAGGACAGCCAGGGAGAGGAGAUCCACCUCCGCAAACUGAAUGAGCUCUCAAUUCAACAAGACAAUGAGGUGCUUGUUCUGGUGGAGAGAGGCAGGACUUUGUACAUAGAGGGUGAGAGGAAGUUGGAUUUUGCCGGCUGGUGUACGGCCAUCCAGGCAGCAGCGGGGAGUGGAGGAGACACACUGAGCCAGCAGCAGCUGACGGAGACAGACAUACCUGUCAUGGUGCACAGCUGCAUCGGCUACAUCACGCAGUGCGGCUUGACCUCUGAGGGGAUAUAUCGUAAGAGCGGUGUGAACUCUCGUGUGGCCGCGCUGUGCGAGAGAUUUCACCGUGACGCCCGCAGUGUUCGUCUGAGGGAAGGAGAGCACCAGGUGGACGACGUCUCCACCACACUCAAACGCUUCUUCAGGGACUUAGAGGAGGGGCUGUUCACGUCAGAGGAAUCCAAAGCCUGGCUAAGUGCUGCUGGCAUUCAGGAAGAAAGCCAGAAAAUCUCCCAGUUCCAGCUGCUGCUGAAAAGACUUCCUCGUGUCAACAAGGCUACACUACAAGCCCUUAUCAACCAUCUCUUUUGCGUGCAGCGUUUUUCUGAGCUGAACCAGAUGAACCUCCAUAACCUGGCCAUAGUGUUCGGCCCCACACUCUUCCAGACGGACGGGAAGGACUACACUGCAGGCCGCGCCGUAGAGGACCUCAUACAGCACUACACACUCAUCUUUGAGGUGGAUGAGCAGCAGCUUAAGAAGCAGCUGGAAGAGAUCACUGUCAUCAUCAAAGUGCGAGAGACACUCAACACAAAGUUUCCCAGUACUGAACCUGGCGGGCACUUCAUCUGUACUGUGUACUUGGAGGAAAAGAAGGAAACAGCAGAGCAACAUGUCAAGAUCCCUGGUUCUAUGACAGCAGCAGAGCUGACCUGUGAGGUCCUGGACCGGCGUAACAUCCGGGUUAAAGACAAAGAGUACUGGAACUGCUGGGAGGUCAGCGACAAGGAGGAAAUGGAACGCCCACUGCACUAUCAGGAGCGAGUGUUACCCAUCCUUCACUCCUUUGGCACCGACUCCCAUCUGCUCAUCAAGAAACACCUGGCUAUGGAGGCGAUGAUGGUGUACCUGGCCAGCAAAGUGGAUUUAUCCAAACACGGGAUGAUGAAAUUCAGAGAGGAGCGAAGCAUCUUGGGAUUGGGACUGUCCUCUGGAAGUUUCCACGACCGAUACUUCAUCCUGAAUUCCAGCUCUCUCAGAAUGUACAAGGAAGUCAGAAGUAACCGUCCAGAGCGUGAUUGGGCGGUGAAAAGCUUAAAGGUCUACCUGGGUAUUAAGAAGAAACUCCGUCCUCCUACAUGCUGGGGACUAACAGUGGUGUGUGAGAGUAAAAAACAAGAGAAGCAGGAGAAACAGCAGUGGUAUCUCUGCUGUGACACCCAGACAGAAAUGAGGGAAUGGUAUGCUACUCUUCUCAGCAUCCAGUAUGAUGGCAACGUUUGGCCUCAGGACGGACUCCAGCUGACACGAGUAAGCCGCGUGUUGCCGGAUACGCGUCACGGUAAUGUGUCACUGAUACCGCUGCGUGGCAGUGAGAAUGAGAUGCGGAACAGCGUGGCAGCUUUCAGCCAAGACCCGCUUGCUCUGUUUAGAGAUGUUCGAUAAUUGUCGCUGCAAGAAAGGGCCGACGGUCAGCCUCAGAUGACCUACGUCAUCUUUCCGCCAAUGUAAUGGCCAGAUUGACGGACAGUGUGUGUGGAUUAUCGCCUGAUACUGCCAUCUGCUCAUUCUGGGUAUGAACUGGACCAAAAAGAACAGACAAUGAGGAUGACAUGUAAAAUAUAACCGACGCUGGUGUCCCUGCACAAAUGAAUUGUACGUGACUUGAUGUACAGAAGCAGCAGCUGGGAGCGGUGGCACUCAAAAUCAAAGAGUGACAUUAUGAUGGACUACAAUCACUCGCUUCCUAAUCGAUGUCCGACAAGACUGCCCCCUCUGUUCCUCUGCUUCCAUUGGUCAGCGGCAUGUGACUCAAUCCCUGAAUUGCAUUAUGGGACAAAAGCAUGAAGAACAUGCUGAGAAAAAUGUUUAAUGUAUUUAGAAAAGACUUACAGUAGUGGGGAUAUUCUAGGCACUAGCAUCAAGUGCUUGGCAAUGUUUAAAUAGUUUAUUACUUGCAUUUGUAGCUGAAUAUGAUUUAUAAGUUUUUUUUAUUUGAGCUCUUUUUCUGUACUAUUGCUCAUGAAUUGUCAGGAUAACCCUGCAGUUCAAAAUUAAAUAUUUGCUAUUGUAAGCAAAGCUGAUGUCACAGGUGACCUGAUUCUGUCCAGGGUUUGUUCCACUGGGACCAAGACUGAGACAUGAGCGGUGAUGGAUACUGUCUGUUACUCCAUUUGCCUGUACUGCACAAAAACAUGGUCACUGGCAUAUUUGGCUCGUGUCCAUUUGUCUGCAUAAUGUGGACCAGAAUAUGUGAACGUGUGCAUUUGUGAAUUGUUUCUGAUGAGGAAUGAAGGAAGAGGAGGUAUGAGCUAAAAGAGUUGAGGGCUAAAUAGCCUUUGAUUAACACUGUUUGAAUAUGUGAUUAAAUAGGAUAAGCAAUUGGUUUAGUAUUGUCCUUUUAAUCUGAUUCAAGCACCUUAAAUAUAUCACAUUUCAAACCAUAAUCACUUAUUCCAAACAUUGUUCUGUGCUUUGGCCUAAUACCUAAUAUUUUAUGUUUCCGCUGUCUUAAUCCUCAGCACUGCAUCCUCUCUUUUUUCUAGAUAUACAGAAUAAAUAUACAUACAUCGGCAGAUUUGUCAUUAACCAGCAGUAUUUAUGAAGUUUUAGUUUAUACAUUUGUCACAUUGCAAUUCAAAAUGUAUUUUUAUGUCUAGAAUCUUUGCAGGAGCAUGUUAUUCUAGUUUGUUCGUCCAAACAGUGCAGGAUUUCCUUUGAAACAUCUGUAAUACAAGAAAACAUUAAAGUGCAUUAUAAUCGUUUA